GUACAUGCAUCAGCUCAGCAAUGUCUUGUGUUGCUCAAUUGUGGUGGUUACAGGAUAGCUGCAUGCCUUGUUUAACAGUUUAUCUUGUUGGGGGCCCCCGGCCAUACACCGCGGCAGAAGACUUCAAAGAAGUCGCUAACUCGAUAUUAACCCGAUAAAUCCGGCGACUGUUAACCGGCGAUCCAAUGAUGUAACCGUCCGGCGGCAAAUCGUAUAGUUCAAAUUUCGCACUGUCUCUCUUACCUGUUUUUCUGAGAACUGUUCGGUUCGAAAAAGCUACUAGUAUCCUGAGGGAACAGAGAAGCACCUUUUUUUUUUAUUAACUUCCUAACUUUUUUCACUAAUCAUUUUCAGUGCCUUAUCUUAUCCCUGUGAAUCUCGUCUCUUCGUCAUUAAUACUUUUUUUUUUUUUUAUUCCUUUUCCAUUCCUGUAGGAGAUAAGAUUCUCUUACUUAUUAGUGUCUUUCCUCAUUUUUAAUUAAUCAAUAAAUCGAUUCGCCAUCGUAUUAGAUCUGGGGUUAAAAAUUCGACAGGUGUGCUUUUAGAUAUUUCUGCGUUUGUUCGUCCGAUGGCGUGGAGGGAUAUGGCAUCGUUUUGUUCCUUUUGGAAAUUCCGGAAUACCUCUCAGCGAAGAAGAGGAGAGAUGGAGCUUGGAACGCACACAAUGCAGUGCACUAUUCAAUCUCAUGGUGCCGCUCUUGCAUGGAAUCACAGUUAUGAUUGGCUUAUAUUGCUGCUUCUUGCCGUGAUAGAAGUAGUUGUAUAUAUCAUUGGCCCAUUUUACCGCUUUGUGGGAAAGGAUAUGAUGACAGACCUCAAGUAUCCCAUGAAAGAUAACACAGUUCCUGUAUGGUCUGUUCCGAUGUACGCAGUUUUGUUGCCUAUUGCCAUUUUCCUUCUCUUCUAUAUUUAUAGGAGAGAUGUCUACGAUCUGCACCACAGCAUUCUUGGUCUCUUAUUUGCUGUACUGAUUACUGCGAUUAUUACGGAUUCAAUAAAGAAUGCAGCUGGUAGGCCUAGACCAGACUUCUUUUAUCGCUGCUUCCCUGAUGGAAAGGAUCUUUAUGAUAAAUGGGGAGGCGUAGUAUGUCAUGGUGAACAUAGUGUCAUAAAGGAAGGACACAAGAGUUUCCCAAGCGGUCAUACUUCAUGGUCCUUUGCGGGUUUAGGUUUUCUGUCAUUAUACUUGACUGGAAAAAUCAAAGUAUUUGAUCGCAGAGGGCAUGUGGCAAAACUAUGCAUUGUUUUCCUUCCGCUGCUCGUUGCAUCCCUCAUUGGCGUCUCACGGGUUAAUGACUAUUGGCACCAUUGGCAAGACGUAUUUGCUGGAGGUGUUAUAGGGCUAGCUGUGGCAGCAUUUUGCUAUCGGCAAUUUUUCCCACCUCCAUCUGAUGAUGAAGGAUGGGGCCCUUAUGCAUAUUUCCAAGCUUUGAAGGAGUCAUCUGCCAAUACAGACACGUUACAUGAAACGAAUGCACAGAAUGUGUAGGCUGCAGGGAUUGGGGUUGUGAAUCAACAAGCAGGGCAACAUGAUGAUGCGGCAUUCUCUUUGAACAGCGAUCUUAGCUCCACACUGGAUGAAAUGGAAUCAGGGAAGAGGUGAUCUUGUAUAUCUUGUGUUUUAAGUUAAUCCCAGGUCCCUUGACUUUUUUCUUCACAUGUAAAUGACAACUUCCUGAAUCGACUGAAUUUUAGUUUUAGCAAAUCUAGGAUGCAGCCUGUUAGAUGAUAGAUGACCUGAAAAUGGUACUCAAUGAUGGAAAAAUAAAAUCUGCUUUUCUUUUUAAA